UGGACACCAGAGGGUCAGAGCACCUUCCUGAAAGCUUCAGCUUCUUUCUCACCUGGAAGAAAAAUCCCAGAAACCUCACAAAAUGUGUGAUGCAUUUGUAGGCACCUGGAAACUUGUCGCCAGUGAAAACUUUGAUGAGUACAUGAAAGAAGUGGGAGUGGGCUUUGCCACCAGGAAAGUGGCUGGCAUGGCCAAACCCAAUAUGAUCAUCAGUGUGAAUGGGGACGUGAUCACCAUUAAAACAGAAAGUACCUUUAAAAAUACUGAGAUUUCCUUCAAAUUGGGCCAGGAAUUUGAUGAAGUUACUGCAGAUGACAGGAAAGUUAAGAGCACCAUAACCUUAGAAGGGGGUAUCCUCGUACACGUGCAGAAGUGGGAUGGAAAAUCAACCACCAUAAACAGAAAACGAGUGGAUGAUAAACUGGUGCUGGAAUGUAUCAUAAAAGACGUUACUGCUAUCAGAACUUAUGAGAGAGCAUAAGCCAAGGGACAUUGAGCUGGACUGAAGUUUGCAUCGAAUUCUACGAAAUUCUGUUGGAUAUAUUGUCCAAACAUAAAUUGUAAUUUUCCACUAAUUAGUAAGCAACUGAUUUCCCCCAAACUGAUUUUAUUCAGCCUGGUUGUGUUGUUAAAUAAAACUUCUUAGUUUUA